GCCUUCCUGGAAAUGAACUACAAAGAAGCUGUGAUAGCAGCUGUGAAAUAUGGUGAAACUGUGCCAGUGCUGGUAAAUGGGAAACGGGUGAAAAUAAGCAUAGCAGAAAAGCCAAAAGCAUCUCCUGGCCAGGCCAAAAUGAAUAUAAAAAAACGGGCUCAGAAUAUUAAAAAAGUUGCACCAAGUACGAAAAAAGAUCGGAACACCACCACUAAGACAAAUAAACCCAUUACAGGUAAAAAAGAAAAGACUAAGAAAUCUACGAUAGGAGAUAGUAAAAUCAAGAAAGCUUCACAUACUGCAGCAGCAAAAUCAACAGAUGAAGACCUUCAAAUCUCCACAGAAGUUGAAAAUGAAGUCGGGGAAACUGGGCUGUCAGACUCAAAGAGUGUCUCAGAAGGGGACAAAGUUACAGAGCCUGUGAAGACAGUAGAGACUCAGUCCGAAGGAGUGACUAAUCCUGUAUCUGUACUAGAGAAACUUGCACAGAUGCCUCAGGUGGUGGCGUCGGACUUGGAUGAGUUUAACGAAGCUUUAACUGAUCAAGAAGCUACGGUAGCGACUACAAAGAGUGAGGAGUCAACAGAACCAGCUAGCAAGGUCAGUCAAAAGGUGCUUCAAUCUGUGAAAGUUGAACUUGAUGAUAUAUGUGUGAUUCUUAUUUCAAACUUGCCUGAGAAAGGAUAUUCUGUUGAGGAAGUUUCCAACCUUGCAAAGCCAUUUGGAGGACUGAGGGAUGUGCUAAUUUUAUCAUCUCAUAAAAAGGCUUAUCUUGAAAUAAAUAGAAAAUCUGCAGAUUCCAUGGUUAAAUUUUACACCUGCUUUCCAAUGUCACUGGAUGGAAAUCAGCUCUGCAUUAACAUGGUGCCUCAGUAUAAGACUCUAAAAGAUGAAGAAGCAAUAUUUACUGCUAUAAUUAAAGAUUCUGACCCUAAGGUAAAUACGGAAACUCUACAUAAUCAGUUUGUGCAUCUUGGGAACUUGCCAGAUGAUGGAUACAGAGAACUUGAAGUAGUUUGUGUGGGGCUUCGAUUUGGAAAAGUAGAUCAUUAUGUUGUACUGAAGAAUAAAAACAAGGCAAUUCUGCAGCUGGAUAGUCCCAAGUCAGCCAGAUCCAUGUACAGCUUCCUGAAGCAAUACCCGUAUAGUAUGGGUGAGCGUACAUUGACCUGUACGUUGUCACCCAGCAGAGAGUCUGCUGAGGCUGAAGUUGUGAAAAAAGAAGUGAAGAAGGAGGAACCAAGCAAAGGAAGCUCUGGCUUGAAAAAAUAUCCAGAGGGAUCAGGAGUGGUGCAAACAGCAGCUGCUAAUCCUCCAGUAGAGCCUAGUGUGGCAAAGAAAGGACCCAUUUCCAUCUCUAAUGUCAAAGACGGGAUGUCAGCAGUACAGAUAGAGCCCUCUGAGUCCCAUCUUGAAGGAGCAGGAAGGGCAUCUGCUCCAAGACUGGCAGAAACGUCUGUGGAGAAAGCGGGCACUGGAGCUGAAGCUACUGUGGCAUCUAUCAAAUCUGCUGAUACUGAAUCAUCUGAAGUGAAGUCAGAAGAGAUGCUGCUGCCUUCUUCCAAGGUGGAGAAAGAAGAGGCAGUUAAAGACAAUACUGAACCGGAGCUGUUUGAAUCUGCUGUUGUAUCUGCAUCAGAGAAGGAAAUUAAAGAGAAAGUUGAAGAGUUGUCUGCUCCUGCCUUUGAACCACCAGAAGAAUUGUCCAACGUAGGCAAGGCUGAAGAUGUGCCAUCAGAUUGUGCUGUGCAGCCGGCAGCAGGGGCAUCGAUGGGCGCCGUCCCUGAAGCGGAGCCCCCUGAUUCUGAUGCAGCUUCAGUGGAGGUGGUGUCACCUGUUGUCACACCAACAAACAAGUUGGAUGCUCCUGAAAAAAAGCUUGUUUCUGACGCGAUGAAAACCGAACAUGAGAUGCCUGUAACUCAGAUAACGGAGAAGAAACCUGUACUAAGAUCUGGGUCGGCCAUGGAGAAGAAACUGGACAUAGCGGGAGCAGGCACAGAGGUGAAACCAGAAGAGUCUGCGCUCACAGUUGGAAGAGCUGCAGAGGAGAACCCUGAAAAGCUUUUGGUCAAGACUGGGGCAGAGACAGAGAAGAGACUUGCAAAAUUUGUGGCCAAGGUUAGGGCUGCUGUGGAAAACGCUGCAAAUGCUGUCAAUGAGAACAAGGGAAGUUUAAUCAAAGCACAUCAAAAUAAAGGAACAGGACCAGCAAAACCUGAUGAAGUCUGCAACGCAGUUACGUUAAACUCCUCUUUGUCUGUCAAGGAAUCUUCCUCUGUUGGUAAAACGAUUUUAAAGGCAGUCGUGUCUCUUCCGGAUAUAUCAAAGUCAAGGGUUCCAGUACAGAGAAAUGAGCCUUCCCUGUGUAAAGGAGGGGAGCAGAAAGCUCUCUCGAAACCUGAGACCCAAGGCCAAGUGGAGGUGGAGAAGAGGAUCGCAUCAAAAGAAGAGGGUCAUCAGCGACCUGGUGGCAGCCGAUCAAGCCCAGGAGAUGGCAGCGGCAAAUGCAAAGUGAGCAGAAGUUCUGUUGUUGAUGGAAAGGGAGGCAAUGGGAGGAAUUCAUCUCAGCAAGAGAAGGACUCACGAGUGGAAUCUAGGGCUAGUUCAAAACAGUCUCAAGAGGGAGAGAGUAGAUCAUCCAGCAUGAAGAAAGACAACAACAGCAAUAAGGCUUCUGUUGGUGGCAACACUAAAACUUCAAAAAGUGGCACUAGCAGCAGUGCAAAACAAAAGGAGGAAGAAGAGCUGUUUCCGUUUAACCUGGAUGAAUUUGUUACUGUGGAUGAGGUCGUAGAGGAAAUCGAGUCUCCCAUUAAAACACGGCGAAAUCCACCGAGGGGAAAGAGAAAAGAUGGUGCUAAAAACAAUUCCUCUUCAGAGCCUAGUUCUAAGAGAAGGAAAGGGAAAAGCUCCACGGCACGCAUUGCUGAAAGCGAGCUCUCUUUUGUCACUUUGGACGAGAUCGGUGAGGAGGAGGAUAUGACUGCACACGACCCACAGGGCCUGGUUGUAGUGGAUGAAGUGCUUGAAGAAGAAGAACUUAUGUCAGAAGCAGUGAAGGAUCCGCAGUCGCUUGUUACUUUGGAUGAGAUAUCUGAACAGGAGGACCUUGGUUCUCAUAAAGAUGUCCCUAGGUCAGUUUUUGAGGAGCGUGAUUUGAAAGCUGAACCCUUGGUAACUGUAGAUGAAAUCGGUGAAGUAGAAGAGCUGCCUCUCAAUGAGCCUACAGACUUGAAUAUUGAGGAUGUGCUGAAAUGCAAGGAGGAUGAUAAAGUGGCUGCUGAGGAUACUGGAGAUGGUGCUUCGUCUCAGGUGCCUGAUGAUCCUAGUGCUUUAGUGACAGUAGAUGAAAUACAAGAGGACAAUGAAGAUAACCCACUAGUGACUUUGGAUGAAGUUAAUGAAGAUGAAGAUGAUUUUCUGGCUGAUUUCAAUCGUCUAAAAGAGGAGCUAAACUUUGUUACGGUAGAUGAAGUUGGAGAGGAGGAUGAGGAAGAAGAAAAUACUUUCCCAGGGAAAAAUCUGAACGAGGAUGAGGACGAUGAAGACAUUGUUGCUGUUGCAGGGCCAGAAGAAGAAGAAAUUGCUGCCAUUGCAGGACCAGAAGAGGAGGAUAUUGUUGCUGUUGCAGGACCAGAAGAAAUGGAAAUUCUAGGAGAUAUGAGUCCAGAAGAAGACGUUAUUGCAAUCUCAAAGUCAAAAGGUCAGCUGGGAUCAGGAGAUAAAGAACCAGAGCCUAAGCGAACGAAAAGGGCUGCUUCAGAUGUAUCAAAGACGCAGAGUACUCCAAAAGAUUUGGAUUACCUAGUUCCAAAGGCUGGCUUUUUCUGUCAGAUCUGCUCGCUGUUCUAUGCAGAUGAAACGUCUGUGAAAAAUCACUGCAAGACACUGCUUCAUCAGCAGAACAUGGAGAAAUUCAUGGCCAAGCAGAAGAAUGAGGAUAACGCUGGGGAAGAACAGAGUUCAAGGUGA